AUGGGAACAGCAACAAAGCUCGUUGCUCCCGUCGCUGGAGGAGGAGGAGGACAACAGCACCGUACACUCACGCACCAGUCCAGCAACAGCAACCUCAACCGCAACUCACUCAAAGCCAACGCAAACCAGGUCCGAUGGCCUGUCUCCCUCAACCAGCUCGCUGCCAUCUCCCUCGACGAUGACUCGGACUUUGACCGCUCUCUGACCGAUGCUGGGCAACAAAAGGGCCAACAACAGGGUGGUACCCCCGUUUCCCGCUCCUCUUCUAUGCAUAGCCUCUAUGGCUCCCAGAUGCCAAGGCCACAAAGGCCUCUCUCCGGCAAUAAGGGUAACCCCAAUGGUAUCCCUCCAAGCGGUGUCUCGGCUCGACCUGCUGGGCUUCGACAUCACCAACCCGAUGGGUCACCGUUGCAAGCGAAACGACUGAGCAGGACUGGCAACCAACCUGACGACAUGGAGCAAAUCUUUUCUGAAGCCCAGGCUCUAGCUCAAAGGCUAGGCAACUCUUCAUCAUCGUCAACAGGGCCCAGAGCGGCAGGAGGCCUGGCAAGGGCCAACAGCGUUGGUAUUCGUGCACCCGGAGUGAAAAACGGAUCAGGAAUCCCUUCGUCGUCCUCUUCAUCCUCCAUCAGCAGAAUUGCAGCCGCAAGUUCAGACGGGGCGUCAAUGCUUCGUCGACCAACCUCUAUCCCUUCGCCAAACUCGCCCUCUUCACCCACCAACGUAGCAGCACUUCCACCCAAAUCAUCAUCUCGUCUCUCUAUCCCUUCCUCCUCAAGUUUGAAACACCGUGCGUCGCUUUCAAGUGCUUCGGCAAGUUCACGACAGGAAAUCAAGCAGGCUAACAGCGCUCUUUCACGUGAACAGGGCACACACUCGCCUACAAGAAUCCCAGGAUCUCCCAACGCGAUUCAGCAAACCACUGCAGCUCGAAAAUUGGCCAGCCUUCAGCAAUCUCCCUUGGCAGCACGACCCAACAAUAAUUUUCGACAGAAUGCGACCGACAGUCAGAUUUCUACAGCACUGCUCCCGACCCCACCUAUAUCAAUUUUCAAUGAAUCUGGAAUGGCGGUGAAGGAGAUGGAAGAGGAACUGGAGCGGUGGAAGAUGGAGGUCAGGGAACUGAGACAGGAACGCGUGGCGACGGAUGGAUGGCGCAAGCAGAUUUCGGAUUUGGAGAGAGAUCUCGAGACUGCGCUUGAUUCGUUGCAGUCUGCGGAAGCAAAGGUCAUUGAACUCAGGAGCGAGCAACAGUCGGCGUCAACUGGCAUGAAGGAUCACGAAGAUGCUCAGGAGAAACUGGCCGCGCACGAAGCAACAGUGGAACAAUUGAAGGCGGAUCUUGAGCUUGUCCGUGGUGAAAAGGAGAAGGCAUUGGAGGACGCCACAGCUAACCAGAAGGAGCAACUAGCCCAACUUGAGUCUCGUAACCAAGAACUCGAACAAAAAUUGACUCAGGCCCAACAAGAGAUUGAACAAUUGGAGCUCCAGGCCGCACCCCCAGAGGUUCAGGAAGUGCAGCAGUCAUUGUUCUCUGCAACUCAGGAUCUUGAAGAAUCGAAACUUUUGGUCGAGAAGCUCAAGGCUGAGCUAGCUGAGGAGAAGGUCAAGAUUGCACGGGAGCAGGAAGAUGCAGGACAACUUCUCCUCAAGCUGAGUCAACUCCAAGAUACCAUUGCGAACCAAUUGAGGGAGAAUAACUCUUUGAGGGAAGUUGUCAAGGAUCACGAAAAGUGCACCGAGAAUGCGGAGACGGUCGAGUACCAGCACAAGAAAGAGAUCGCGCAAUUGCAGAAAGAGCUCGCAGGUCAGCACAAGGUGUUCGCGCAGGAAAAAGAGCAGAAAACGAUGUUAGAGAUGGCGGUACAGGAACAUCAGUACCAGACACACCAGCUCCAACAACAGCUUCAACUACACCAAACUCAACUCCAUCAACAACAGACUGAGAUUGUCAACCUUCGUGCCAGUCUAGAGGUCGAACAGAGGCAAUCGACGUUGUGGCAGCAGCGAUACCAGGAGGAGCAGCGGUUGAACUAUGCUACUUCAUUUGGUAGACGUGUGUCGCAUGACCAAAACGGUGAUAUCAACGGAUCUUUCACUAUGGGCGAUUCUUCCGCAGCGCCGUCGUCGGCGAUAGGCGUGCCAACAGGAAUUCCAGGCUCUGGACUGGGACUCAUGAGUAUGGGUCUGAACUUGAACAUGGGUAUGGCGAUGGGUGGUGGACUAGGGUCUGAUAACAAUCUGUCUUCGUCGCCUCUGACAUCGACUCCACCGACCAUGGCUGGAGGACCGUUGAGCGGACAAGGACCCAAGAUGUCGAUGUUGUCGAACCAGCUCAACGCAUCUGGGUUACCACCCAGUGGACAACUACCACCUGUGGGUGGAAUGGCCUCGGCCCCUAGUGGUGAGGUUGAGGUCAAACCCGGGAUGGUUCAUCGUGUCAGUUCGGGAUCUGUCAAUGGUAUCAAUAAUCGCCAUUCGAUGCAUGGUGAUAUGUUCUUUGGAUCUAUUUCUUCUGCAACAGCGGCCCCCGCUUCUGGUCCAUUCCAGACGGUGGAUGAGUUGACGGAGCAGUUGCACGGACUGAUGAAAGAAAAGGAAAAACUUCAGGCGGACUUGAGCAAGAUUCCGAUUUCUGGAGGUGGGCCGAUGAUGCGCCGCAAGGCCGAGAUGUUGGAGGAGCAGAUGGACGAGACUGAACGGAUGAUGAGUAAGAUCCGAUACAGCAUUCGUAUGCGCUCAUAA